UUAAUUGAAUUUUGAUUUGUACAAUCAAAAUAAAUUAUUUCUUUUUAGUCAGUAAACAUAGUAUGUACAUACAUCAUGAAUGUAGUUUACUUCAUAGAGGCGAGUGAUUUUUUAUCGUGUGAUUUCGUUGUAAUUAUGUCUGUCUUCGUUGCUUUUGAUUGAGAGAACGGAGAUAGAUAUAAGAUGCAUAAGUAGUAAGUAUGUAUGUAGAUUACGCAGAAAAAUGACGCUCAUAUACAUCAGGUCAUACAUGUAUUUACAUGCAUGUUCAAAUACAUACAAUACGUAGAAAAGACGAACAAGCAUGUGUUUUGGUUUACAUAUUUUUAAAAAUAUAACUAUUGCGUUAUAUUUUUACGUCAUACAGAAUAUGUUAUUCGCAUUUCACCAAAAGAUGGAUACUGCAUGGAAUUAUACAUUUUUAAACUGUUGAGUGUUUACAACAGAAAAAUUGUAAUUUCUGUUGGAUGCGCGUUAAAUUUGUGCGAAAUUCGAAUCCAUAGGAAACUAUUUUUGUUAAUAAAAUAAUCUCUGUAAAAGUGCAAUCUCAUUAUGUAUAAAGGUUAUUUUAAGCUGAUUUAUGUUACUAGAUUUUUAAUUCUGUUUAUUUAUAUAUGUUUUGUGGAAGGUACAUGUAAUUUUGUUUGUGAUACAGAUGGUUGUAAAACAUUUUGGAAAAAGCAGAGAGAUUCUGAUGUACCGUAUUGUAAUACAAGUAUUCCUACUACUGUUGCAGUAAUUAAAAGAAAUGACAUUUCUGAAUUCCCAGCAAUGUUGCAAAUUAAUUUUAAGCCAACAAAGCAAUUGUGCAAGUAUAAAAUAACUCUUUUUGCAAAUGCAUCAAUUAAUGAGAAGCAAUGUAUGAACUAUACUUUUAAUGAUAAUGAUAAGGAAAUACAUACUAAAAGUACUGUAUGUUUUGUAGGCCAUCAGUAUCAGGAGAGCGUUAACAUAUCUGUGCCAUUUGCAUUUACUGCAUGUUAUUCUCUUACUUCUUUCACUAAUACAUUUGAAGGCAUAAAUUUAAUAAAUAAUACAUUCUUAAAAACAGAUUAUAAGCGUACAGAAAUUACAAAACCAGAGGUUGAUUGUUCAUAUGAUAUUAUAUCUAGUAAUGUAACAAAUGAAUUAGUAAAUUAUGAAGUCAGGAUUUCUACACCAAUAGUUGAAAAUAUAAUGAUAAAACCAGGAUUAUAUAUUUAUGGUCCAAACAAUCUUGGAAACUGUGAUACUGAUACUAGGAAGAAAGAAUCAAAGAAGUUGUCUCAAAUAUUUAAUAUUUUUGAGUCAGAUACAGAAUACAGACACCAAUAUUUUAAUGCAAGCUUUACUACUAAUGGAAAGUACGAGGCGUAUGGAAAAUUUCAAGCUGAAGUAGUUGCAGCAAAUGUAGAUCGUUGCUUUAAAAUAUAUUAUAGCGAUGUUAGAUGUGAAAACGAUAUUUUGUGGAAACCUCCAGUAGCACAAUGUAUUUGGUUUCACCGGUGCCGAAAUAUAACUAAUUCCGAAUACUUUAAGUUUCAACUUAACAUUGAUCCCAGUAGACGUCCAUCUUUCGUUCUGCCAAUUGUUGUUAUUACAUUUAUUAUAAUGUGUGGAGUUAUAUGUCUUAUCUACAUUAUAUAUUACAAGUAUAGAACAACUGACACACAUAACGAUAAUAUAAAUAUUAGCAGUAAUGUAGAUAUUGUAUUGUUGUAUCCUAAAGGUAGUAAAUCUUUCAUGGCAUUCAUGACAGAUCUUCGUGGAAUGCUUCACAAUGUUUGCAGAUGUGUACAUGAUUGGUAUGAUGUACUAGAAUGGAAUAAUGUAGCUUCAGUUGGUGCAUCUGAAUGGUUUUCUGAAAAACUUCGCAAAAAUUAUUAUGUUAUGUGGAUAGACACACCAACCACGCGAUCUUUAAUUGCACAAAGAUUUAAAGCAAAAUCUUCUGAGCAGGGCAAUUUCGAUAAAUAUAAUAUUGUAAAAAUUGGUGAUUUUCGUGAUGUAGCUUUUCCUACAGUAUUUAAUUUAGCGAAACGUGAUGUCGAAGAAUCGCUGGACCAUGAGAUCCGACAUUUCAUAGUACAAUUAAAGGGCUUUGAUAAUUUUGAAGACAAAACCGAUCCAUUUGUCGCUUUGUCUUCGCGUAAACGUUAUUUUCUACCUCAAGAUUUAAGUUCUCUAUGUUCAGAUCUGUCCACAUUAGAGACUGAGGAAGAAGAGCUUGCAGGACAGUAUACAUGUAAUAUUAAGUCUAAUUUUAACGUAUUUACAUCACGAUUUAAGUGAUAAUUAUUAUUGCCAAGUAUGUGGUAAAUUAUUAAUUGCCUUUUGUGAUACAGCGGAGGUAUUUACUCGCUGAAUAUUGCGCUUCAUGAUGCCAAGGAGUUGAUAAUUAAUAAUUCUAAUCAUAAUAUUUUGUUCCUAGUUAUUAACUAACUGUUGGAAUUUGAUAUACCUCUAUACAUGAACGUGAAAUAAAAUAGUAUUUGAUACUAUUUA